GCCACUCGGGCCCGGGGGGCCUCGGGCCCAGGGGGCCCGGGGUGGGGGGCCGUGCGGUGCGCAGGGACGUGACUCGGUUGGGGGCGGGGAGCGGCAGAAUUCGAAAGAAAUCUCGAAUCGCUAUUCUUAAGUGUCCAGGGCCCCAGCUCGGAUUCCGGGGUACCAGCGAUUUCUGCGCGGUUCUCGGAGGACGCGCGGCGGGCAGGGUGGGUGGCGUCCCAGUCCUAGCGGCGACAGGGGAUCCCCGCGCCGCGACGCGGUAGACGCGGCGGGGCCGCCCCGUCGGAGUUCGGGCACAGGUGGCUCCGCGAUGGAUCGUGGUCCCUGAGUCCCGCUGGGAGGUGCGGGUUAGGAGGGUGUCCCUGGAGCGGAGGGGCGAGCAGCCGCCACCUGCACGAGCAGGCGCAGCGCCUGGAGCUGCAGCCGGAGCCCGAGCGCCCCCCGGUGCCGCGUGGGAGCCGGGGAGUAGCCCCGGCGGCCUCCAGGUGCGGUGCGUGGGGAGCAUGACCGAGCUGACCCGGGUGCGUCUAAGCAGCUCUCCUUUGGGGCCCCCCAAGAUAUCCGGAGAGCGGUUGCCCUGUCCUCAGUGCGUUGGACUUGCGUAGACUCGGGUUCGGCCCCGGGGACCACCACCACGUUAAUUUGGGGUCUGGGGAAACCAUCUCCUGGAGAGUUUGGACGAUGUGAGAAGCGAUUUUUAUCAAGUCAAACCACGCACAAGCCCCGACGCCCCGCCCGCACCCCGGAAACCCGGUCGCCCGCGCCUCUCCGAGGGGAAAAGUAUGCUGGCGGCGGGAAGUCCGCACCCGGCUCGCCCCUCACUCCGCCAUCAACCCCUGCGCUCGCCCACGACGCGCGCCCCCCGGAGUCUUCUUGCCCAGAGGGCUGGAGGCGCUGCACCGCCCGAAGGGGUGCACCUCUCCACGGCGUCGCCCCCCGCCCAGCGCCCUGCCCACCCAGCUUUGGAGCCGCCAAGACGCUUUCCCCACGGUUGUGGUCUUUGCAAAGAGCAAACGAAAGCGGCGCGGGUUUCGGGGCGCCGGGUCCCAGCGAGCGCGGCCACCGAGGAGCAUGCCCGCAACGGGCUCCCGCGCCCCGCCCCGGUCUCCUGGGUGGCCGCCCGAGGAGAGCGCCAGCCCUGGCUGGACCACGGCGUGUGCGGGCAGGGAGCUGGGCCGGGCGGCGGAGGCGGCGGGGAGCUCACCGCAGGCUGGAGUCUGCGUCUGCGGGCGCACUGGGAGCUGAGGCAGCCAGCAAGAGCUCUGCGGCGGACGGCGGACGCUGCUGAAGGCCUGCUUCCCCCGCCAGCGGUGGGCCGGACGCUGAGGGGAGAGCCCCAGCUCAGGGUGCAGGCCUUCCCCCAGUGGGGGUGCCUGGGGGCAAUCACGCCAGAGGCCCAGCCGGAUGCCCCUUUCCUGCUUUCUGCCCCCCCACAUGCCCACUCUGGGGAAACCUCUGCACGGUGCUUGAAGAUGCGACUGGACCAUGGAGGUAAGAAGGCUGAGGCCACCUUGGGGUGCCAGGCUGAGCAGAGAGGGCGCUGGGUAACGUGCUCUCCCUCCCUGCUGGCUGCCUGCUGAACCCUCACCUUAUUUAGUCAAAAGUGUGGCUAAAGGGGCAGGCUUGGUGGGGGCAGAUGCAGGUUGCCCUGGGGCUCAAAGGGGCACUGGCUGCCCAGGGUUCCCUAACUUCCAGUCCCCCAGGGUAGGAAGGAAGGGCCCUGCACAGCCCCAGCAUGUUGGGGGCUCUUCUGCUCAGGCCUGGCUGGCAGGAACACCAGCCACAGUGCCACCCUCCCCAAGUCCUGCUCCAGCACGGGGGCAGAGUGAGUGCCUCCCCUCUGGCUGCUGAAACCCACGUCCAAAGAGAGCAGUCAUCUCCCCAGAGAUCCGGACUCGCCCCAGUGAGCUGGCCCCUGCGCCUGGCCUUCCGCCCCACUCCCUCACUUCCUGCCCUGGGCCCUUCUCCCUCUCCGGUUUAGGGCACUGGCCCUGAGCUGGCCGCUCCCCACUCCCUGGGGCCGAGUCCAUCAUUUUACAAACACAGCUCCCUCCUCCGUGGGCCCUCUGAGCACCCCUCCCUCGCCCUGUAGGGCGGGCACAGCGGCCGUGAAGUGGACCUGGACCACUAGCUCCUGGUCAGCCCUGCUGGAACCGCCCGGACCCAAUGGCCCAAGCCACCCAAGGCACAAGGCACCCCAAUCCCCUGAUGAACCACCCAGAACAGAAAGUUUGUACCGGUUGGGGUGGGAGUGCCAGGGAGGGCCUGGCCAGGUGCACUUGGGAGGGACCCAGGGGUCACCACAACUGUCCUACUGUAUUUAGUGUCUGCACUGAAGACACCUUUGGAAAGACAUCCUUCUCGGCUGGGCAAACUGGCCUGUAAGGGGGUCUCCCGCGGGGCCUCUCCCCGCAGGCCAGAAGGGUGCCUCCGUUGCUUUUGGGUCAGGCAGAAGGCUCAGACGCACCCCGUCCCCACUUCCGGAGUUUCCCACUACCCCUGGAGGGCAUCGCUCAUCCAGGGCAUCUCCCUGGUGCCCCACCCCGGCACCUGACCAGUGAACCAGUACGGCUACCACCGAGGAGCUUGUUCUAGAAGGGUCCUGGGCAGCUCUGGACCCCCGGCCUUUCUAGCGGCCCCCCACCCCCACUCCCACCCCCAGGAAGCCCAGGGCCACCUAACACAGUGGGGCCAAGACACCGGCACCUGUAAGGCCCCCCCAAAGCUCAGGGUGCCUCUGUGUCCUUUGGCCGUUGCCUCACUUGGCCCUCAGAGUUCUCAGCAGCCAGGCGGAUGAUGGGGACACAGACAAGGCCAGCCGUUGGUGCGAGGCCCCACAGCCAGCAGCCGGGGCUGGGAGGACGUGGGUUUCAUGUGCCCAGGGGAGCCCAGCCUUCGGGGGUCUCCUGCUAACCCCGGUGAUGUCCUCGCCCUGACCCCUGCUCUCUCUGGCUGCUCCCUCCCACCUUCUGCCUUUCUUCUGCCAGGAGCUCCCCUCCAAGGACCUCACAGAAAGUCCAGGCUGCAGGGAACCUGCCGUGCCCACAGCUGAGCCCCCCAGGAGCGAGGCCCCAGAGCAGCAGCAGGAAUCCCAGAUACCAGCUUCAGGACUCUGCAAUGGGCCUGCCCCCCGACACACCAACUCUCACCCCCAGCCUUGACUCCUCAUGGAAGGGGGGCUUCUAAGAGCCGAAGGCCUGACACAUGGAGAGCUGUAGCUGCCGCCGUGGACACCUCGGCCCUGCCCUGGGGAUCCUGAGACGCUCACCUCUGUGGGAUGGGGCUGGCUGUGGGGCUUGGCUCCAAGGGGUGGGGACCUCUGGAUGGGGGGACAUGG